AUGGGUGGCUGUUUGGGCACGGUUCCACAGCACCCAAACUACGCCAUGAACGGAGGUUUUCCCAACGGAAUGGAGCUGGGACUGCUUCGCCAGAACAUGCAGGGCUUCAUGGACCCACGCUUUAGUGUCGCCGGCGAUAUGCUCGGUAAUGGCGGCGUGCCCAUGAUGCCGAUGAACGGUAUGGCGCAGAAUAACCGCAUGAGCUACGCUCAGGCUGCCGGUGGUGUGCCUCCUACUCCGCCGACUGGGAUGUGCGGGGGGUACGGUGGCCCACCUGCCCUGCCCUCACGUUGUAACAGCAGUAGCGCCAAGAAGGAGAUCUUCAUCGCGCUACACGACUACUCGGCUCGCACGACGGAGGACUUGUCCUUUCGCAAGGGCGAAAAGUUAGAGAUCCUAAACAUGAUGGACGGGGACUGGUGGCAAGCAAGAAAUAUCGUCACCAAGAAACGUGGCUACAUCCCCUCCAACUACGUGGCACCUGCCUCUUCUCUACAGGCAAAACCGUGGUUCUUCGGGAAAAUCAAGCGAAUGGACGCGGAGCGACAGCUGCUGAAGACCGGAGAACAAGGCUCCUUCCUCGUGAGGGAGAGUGAGAGCAAGCUAGGGGAGUUUUCCCUGUCACUCCGGGACGUCAAUAGUGUGAAACAUUACCGCUUAGGCCGGUGGGCUAACGGCGAGUUUUACAUCAACCGCCGCACGACCUUCCCAGACCUGGCCUCCCUGGUGGACCACUACUCCACCGCCUCCUACGGGCUGUGCUGCACCCUCAGAAAACCACUGGAAGUCAUAGAGAAACCGCAGAUCGAUCUCUGCUACAACUCCAAGGACCAGUGGGAGAUUCCCAGGGAAUCCCUGAAGCUGAUUAAGAAGCUGGGACACGGCCAGUUCGGGGAGGUGUGGCAGGGUGUGUGGAACAACACCACCCCGGUCGCCAUCAAGACUCUCAAGCCGGUUUUGCGCAACAUCCCCUGUCAGUUCCAUGGGCUUUGGUGGUUCUUCGGGAAAAUCAAGCGAAUGGACGCGGAGCGACAGCUGCUGAAGACCGGAGAACAAGGCUCCUUCCUCGUGAGGGAGAGUGAGAGCAAGCUAGGGGAGUUUUCCCUGUCACUCCGGGACGUCAAUAGUGUGAAACAUUACCGCUUAGGCCGGUGGGCUAACGGCGAGUUCUACAUCAACCGCCGCACGACCUUCCCAGACCUGGCCUCCCUGGUGGACCACUACUCCACCGCCUCCUACGGGCUGUGCUGCACCCUCAGAAAACCACUGGAAGUCAUAGAGAAACCGCAGAUCGAUCUCUGCUACAACUCCAAGGACCAGUGGGAGAUUCCCAGGGAAUCCCUGAAGCUGAUUAAGAAGCUGGGACACGGCCAGUUCGGGGAGGUGUGGCAGGGUGUGUGGAACAACACCACCCCGGUCGCCAUCAAGACUCUCAAGCCGGGAUCUAUGUCACCAGACGCCUUCCUUCAGGAGGCCGCUAUCAUGAAGAAGUUACGUCAUCCCAAGUUGAUCCAGCUGUAUGCCGUGUGCACGAUGGAAGAACCUAUCUACAUCGUCACGGAGCUCAUGUCCAACGGCUCUCUCCUCGACUAUCUACAGAGGGAUAAAGGUAAUUCGCUACGUUUGCCAGAGCUGUUGGACAUGGCGACCCAGGUCGCCUCAGGAAUGGCCUACCUGGAGCAGAACAACUACGUACAUCGUGACCUGGCGGCCAGGAACGUCCUCUGUGGUGACAAUAACAUCUGCAAGGUGGCCGACUUUGGACUGUCAAGGUUAAUGAGGGACGGUGAGUACAAUGCCAGUGAGGGCGCCAUGUUCCCCAUCAAAUGGACGGCGCCUGAAGCCGCCCUGUACAGCCGCUUUUCUAUCAAGUCAGACGUCUGGUCCUUCGGCAUCCUGCUGUACGAGCUGGUGACGUAUGGCCGAAUGCCGUACCCGGGCAUGACCAACGCAGAGGUUCUGACCCAGGUGGAGAAGGGUUACCGGAUGCCCUGCUCGCCAGGCUGCCCGGACAGUCUGUACCAGAUCAUGCUGGACUGCUGGAAGAAGGACGAAUGUGAAAGGCCAACCUUCGAGUCGCUGCAGUGGCGGCUGGAGGAUUUCUUCGCGCUACAGGGUAGCGACUACAGCGAGGCAGACGUCAUUAAGUAAACAUUGCCCCGGACACGGCAUCAAAACAUGUCUGGUUUACUGAUCGGUCGUGCAUGGGUAGAAAACAUAAGGUUGACAGGUUGGCCCCUUAUAUGUACUCGACUUUCCACUACAAGGAGAUCGCUGAACGAUGGUUGAGCGAUAGAACUUGAAUUUGGGUGACCCUUGAUCUCUUGAUGUUAUAUUUAAAAUAUAAUGCACGAUGUUAUAAUUUAAAAGGCAAGAAAAACACACAAAACGUGAAAUUCGUUAUUUAUUCAUUCAGAGAUCUGUCUAACAUUUCAUCGCACAGCCGCAGUAGCUUCUAGUGAAAAGGGGACAUAUCUAACAGAAAACAUCAGUGUACCUUGACACUAUACUAUUCCCGUACGUAUGCUAAAACAACGAAAACAAUGAGAAAUUGAUCCAGUAAUACCAAGUGAACCAUUAAUCUAUGUUAUAAUCUGCAUCAUUUCCACUCACAAUUAACAAUUAUAACAAAAAAUCAAUAUUUUGGUAGUGAGAAUUAAUUUUAAAAUCAAAUGGUGUGAUUUGUCAAAUCUAUUAUUUUAGUAAUAGUAACUUAGAAUAAGCAGAAAUACACCAGAUAAGCAAGCCUAGUCAUUGCACAGAAUUGUGAUCAUCAUUCUAAUACAAAUA